AUGAGCAUUGUGCCACAUGAUUCAAUCCCUAAUAGCACCAAUGACCCUACAAUUAACCUGCAGGUUUUAUCAAAAUCUAUUGGUGUGGAAGAAUCCUUAAUUAAUACUUUAAACCCUACAUUACUCAACAAAUUAUCUGAUAUAGUUUCUAAUUUGGAACUUUUGAAAUCAGAAAAUCUCGAUAAAACUUCUGUAAUUGAUGGCUUGAAGUCCUCAUUUCAACAAAAAAUUGAAAAACUAAAAGAAGAGUUUAAAACACUUUCCGAGGAUAAUGAUAAUUUAAUAAAUGAAAAAGAAUCCUUUGAAAAAUCUAAACGGGGCUUAGAGGAAACAAUUCAAAAGAAUUCAGCAGAAAUUAAAGUUUUGGAACUAAAAUCAACUGAGCUUUUAGAACAAAAAAAAAUGGUCGAAAGUGAUAAAACACAAUUAUUGACCAAUUUAGAAAAGAAAAGUUUCCAUAUAAAUGACCUUGUUGGCCAAGUUAAAACUUUAGAAACAAAAGUAAAAGAUUUAAAAACAAAUAAAAAUGAAAAUGAGCUUCGUAUUCAAAAUUUAGAAUCGGAUAACAUUCAAUUUAAAUUUGAAAAUGAAAAAUUGAAAAAAGAGCUUGAAUUAUCUAGUACAAAUAAUGACUGGCUUAAUGAGCAAUUGAAAAUUACUUCUGAAAAAUUUAACGAAUAUAGGCAAAAUAUUAGUUCAGAAUUAUUGGAAUUAAAAUCAAGCUUAAGGAAAACAACAGAAAAUCUUCAAUUGGAAAAAAAUUGCAAUGCCAGGAUAACAAAGGACGUUGAGCAUAAAACUAAAUUACUGCAACAAAAAUCGGUCGAAUUAAAGACCAUCUCUGAUAAUUUGGAGAAGCAAAAGCAUGAAUUUGCCCACGAAGUCAUGUUAAAGGAGAAAUUGAUUGCUUUAUUAGAAAAACAGAUUAAAACAUUAAAAGAGACGCAUGCAGAUUAUCACGAUCAAACUGUGGCUCCAAAAGAUUCUUUGCUUGAAGAAUUAUCCAAGAAUAAGGAAAUAAUAAAAAAUUAUGAAGCAAAAAUUGAUUGUUUGGAAGAUGAACUUCAGCAACUUUCAACUACAGAUUCUACUCAAGAAGAAAAAAGCAUCGACAUCGGCAAAGUUUACUCUGAUAUGAGUAUUUUGAAGAAAGAAUUAAUCAAAGAAAGACAUCAGAAAUUGGAUUUGCAAAAACAAGUGGAAAGUUUUAUUGUUGAAUUAGAACAUAAAGUCCCAAUUUUAAACUCAUUUAAGGAACGCACUGAAAUGUUAGAAAAUGAAAUUACAGUAUUAACUUUUGAGCUCGAAAAAACUAGUAAGGAUAAUGAAAUGAAAAUUAGAUUGUUGGAUUGUGGAGAACAAAAAGUCAACGAUUAUCAGUCACAGAUCAGGCUAUUAAAACAACAAAGAAUAGACUUGGCCAACCAAGUCAAAUACUUGUUGCUUCAAAUCGAGUUACGCAGUGAUGCAAAGCAGGCAAAUAUCUUAACUCCAAAACAACUAAAUUUAAUUUCAAAAUUAGUUGAUUCUUCAAAUCCAUAUGAUGAAGACAUCCAAAAGGAAAUUAGCGACAGAUUAGUGGUUUUUAAAGAUAUUAACGAGUUACAGCAACAUAAUGCAGAAUUGUUAACUUCGUUGAGACAACUAGGCCAUAAAUUGGAGGAAGAAGAAAUGAAAAAUGCAACAAAUAUCAGUAGUAUUGAAAGUAAAGCCAUUGAGGAGGCAAAAGAACUUAUUGUUGAAUUGCAAAAACAAAAUACCACAUUACAAGAUAAGCUAGCAUUGGUUAUUAAAGAACGUGAUGCCUAUAAAUUGGUAAACAGCAGCAAGACCUCAGACGGUAAAUCAGUAGAAGCUGAUGUUAAAUCGAUUAUUAGUGAAAAUCAAGCAAGAAUUAAAGAAUUGGAGACUCAUCUCUCAGAAUCUGUGAAGUACUAUUCAGAAAACGUUAAAGUGUUAAAUGAAGAAGUUCAAGCUUUGUAUAAACAAAAAAGUGAAAUUGAGCUCAAAUUUAGCUCAGAAAGGUCAUCCAAAUUACUUGCUGAAGAAAGGUAUAGACUAUUGUGUGAUAAUCUAGAUGGCCUGAAGAGCGAAAACACUCUGCUAAGAUCCAGGUGUGAUAAAAUAGAAGAUAAUCUUUUAACUCAAGAUAAAAAUACCAAUGAAACUAUUAACGAAUUAAUCUCUUUGAAAUCUCAGAACGAUGUUUUACUUGCUCAAAUUGAAAACUUAAAGAAAGAAAAGUCGUUGAUCAAACAAUCGAACGAUAAACGCUCCCAAGAGAAUGCCUCGAUUUCAAAAGAAAGAAACCAAUUAAAAGUUUUGGUUACUGAGCUACAAAUGUUGAAAAAGGAAAACGACAAAAUUUUGGAAAACGCUUAUAAGAAGUACAGUACAGAUAUUGAACAAACAAAAGCCGAGAUAACCGGUCUAAAAACUCAGUUAGAAACGAAGACAAAAGAAUUGGAUGACUUGUCCAAAUUGCAUCGAGACUCUACCGAUUUAUUUCAACAAAAAGUCUUUGAGUUAAAUGAAAAAGCAAUAGAGUUUCAAAAAGAUUUGGCUACAAAAGAUAUUUAUAGCAAUAAGUUAGAAGGCGAAAUUAAAAACUUGAAAGAUACUGUAUCGCAGAAAGAUAGUAAACUACACACUUAUGGCCUAUUGAAUGAAAACUCCCCCUUGGAGAUGUUGAAAAAAGAAAUGGAAAAAACAGAAAUUAAGCUAAAGGAAUACGAACAAGAACUUGCUCAAUACAAAGACAUGUAUAAGUCUUCUGAAGAAACAAUCAAUAGUUUGAGUAGUGCGCUACAACUUGCUAGGGAUAGCGUGUCACGGAAAGAGCAGGAGUUUGUGCAAAUUGAAAAUGAGUUAAAACAUAAGAUAUCUUUACUUGAAACUCAAAUUACUGAUUUGAACAAUGAGUUAGAACAACAAAAAUUGGAAAUGGAAAUCCAAUUAUCUGAUUAUAAAAAGGAAAUAGAGCGUCUAAAAGUUUUUGAAAGCGAUUCUGUUUCUAUUCGAAAAGAUUAUGAAGAUAAGACUAGUUUGUUGCAAAACAGUUUAAGUGAACAGCAAAGUUUAGCUAUUAGUUGGCAAAAAAAAUAUGAAGAAGAAUUGCAAAGUCAUGCUUCUAUUACUAAAUCUGUGGGGAAUUUAAGAGAGGAUUGCCAACGUUACCAGCAACAAGUGGAAGAGCUAAAGGCGACUGCUGACACUGCUAGAAAAACCUUGGAGACACAUGAAUUGAGUUGGGAAGAACAAAGGGCUGAACUUGAAUCACAGCUAGGUUUGGCUAAUGAGAGCAUUGAAGAUUUGAAAUCACAAAAUAAAUUAUUGUACGACCAAAUUGAAAACAAGCUAGAGCUCAACAAAGGUCUUGAUUCCGUUGAUGAAGAAUUAUUUGGUAAUAAGGAAUUACUUUUUGCCGUUCGUCGCGAAAAAGAAAUAUUGGAAACAAAACUAGAAGUUUCUAAAAGAGAAGAAAGCUUAACCCGUCAACAAUUAGAUAGUGCCAAUAAAGAAUUAUUAACUUGUAAAAUGGAACUCAAUAAUUUGAAGCAAUUAAGCGAUUCCAACGCCAAUGAAGAUUUAUUCAAUAAGCACAAUGAAAUAUUGGAGAAACUAAAUCAGUUGAAUUUGUUAAAAGAAAGUAACAUUACUCUAAGAAACGAACUUACAUUGGAACUAAAGAAAAAUAAGGAUUGGUCAGAACGGAUACAAUCUUUAGAAACUGAACUAUCGCCAUUAAGAGUUGAAAUAGAAACUUUAAAGACAACGAUAUCUGAAAAAACCAAGGAGCUUGAAUCUGUCAGAGAGGAGGCCAAUCGUUGGAAAACGCAUAUGCAAAAUAUGUCUAAGAAAUAUGGCCAAGUUGAUGUUACGGAAUAUGAAAAUUUGAAACAUCAAUUGGUUACUGAGGAGGAUGAAAUUAAAAGGAUGAAAACAUGUCUGGAAGAAACAAAAAAUUCCUACGAAGAAAAGUUCCAGAAACUGAAGUCUCAGUGUCACAUAAAAUUAAAUGACAUGAAAAUUAAAAACCAAACCUCUCUUGAUGAACUAAAUUUAUUGCUAGGUGAAAAGAUAAAGCAUGCAGAAAACUUGGAAAAGGAAAAAAACGAACUAACUUUAUCAUUUGAGACUGAGAGAAAAAAGUUAGAAGAUCAACUAAGCGAAACUACGGAGCACAUUAAGUCUGCUGAUAAUUUAUCCAAGAAAGUUGAAGAGUUGGAACAAAAAUUAAACAAGGAAAGAGAUUAUAACAGUAAAAAAUUAGCUGAAUUGAGUGCACAAAGCGAUGUUAACGAUUUUGAGAAGGAGAAACAACAAUGGAUUGAGGAGAAAGAAAAGGAAAUAGCUGAAAAAUUUAAGGAAGAUUUAAACAAAGCUAUUGACGAAAAGUUGAAGGAACUUUCUGCAGAAAAAAUCCCAUCCGCUACUGAUAUUGAACGAUUGAAGCAGGAAUGGGAAGCGGAAAACGAAAAAGUCAUUGAAGAACGGAUUAAUAAAGCAAGAAGAGAGGCGGUAGAAGGUAUUAAGGAGGAAAGAAUUGAUAGUAUUAUAAAGAAAAAGCAAAAAUCUUUGGAAGAAUCGUUUAACAAAAAGGUUAUGGAGGAAGCAGAAAAAUUGACUGCUACUAAAAGGGAGGUGGAUCAAACUGAAAUAAGAAAACAAUUGGAACUAGAAUUAAAGGAGAAACUAAGUAAAGACUUUACAGAGAAAUUAAAUGAAUCCAAGAAGAAGCAAGUUUUAGAGGCGGAGACUCAAUUCAAGAUGAAAAUUAACUUAUUGAAAAACCAAAGCGAUAAGUAUAAAAAAGAAGUGGAAGAAUUGAAGCAAAAAUUGGGAGCUAAGGAUAAAGCUGCCACUCAUUCUUUUGCCCCCUCUGUAGCUUUACCAUUUCCUCCAGGGGCUAGUUUUCCAUUUUUCUACAAUCAGUUAGGACCAAACGGCAACAACAAUGGUAAUGGUAAUAAUAAUGGUAAUGGUACUAGUGGUGGUAUUAACAGAACAACAGACCAAAAUAGGGUUCAACCUGUUUUUAAUGAUUCUUUGAAACGCCAACAGGCAAAUACUGAUGAUACUCAAAAUAGUGAGCAAAAUAAUGAUAAAAGGCAAAAGGUGGAGUCGGAGGAAUCUAAAUUAAGUUAUACAUCCAAUACCAUGGAUAGUAAUAAUUUAUCAUCUGCUGCUCAAAAGGAUCAUGAUGAAAAAAAUAAUGUUAACUCAUGA